AUGGCACCGCCAUACAUACCCAUUGCUGAAAUCCCAACUGUAUCGCUACUAUACAAACUCAAGCGCCUGAUUCCUCAUCCACAGCCACUCAAGGCGCCCUCGAAACCACUCAACGACACGAUAUCACUAAUUCGGAAUGACAUAACAAAGCUCGAAGGCGUUGACUGCAUCGUCAAUGCAGCUAAUGAACGGCUUCUCGGCGGCGGCGGCGUUGAUGGCGCAAUCCAUCGAGCUGCUGGCCGCGGCUUGCUUGAGGAGUGCCGAACACUCAAUGGCUGCGAUACUGGCGAUGCUAAAAUAACAGAUGCAUACAACCUUCCCUAUAAACGGGUGAUCCAUGCUGUGGGCCCUAUAUAUCAUUUCGAAAGGCGAUUCAGUGAGGGUGGGCCGGAGGAUUUGUUACGGGGUUGUUAUCGUCGCAGCCUUGAGCUAGCUAUCGAGAACAACAUGAAGAGCAUUGCUUUCGCAGCAAUUAGUACGGGUGUUUACGGAUAUCCGCCCCGGGAGGCGGCUAAGACAGCCCUUGACGAGACACGCAAGUUUUUGGAACAAGAGAGCAAUAUCGGGCGCCUGGAACGGGUCGUUUUCUGUAAUUUUGAGUUCAAAGAUGAGAGGGCUUAUGAGGAGUUGAUUCCGCUUCUUUUUCCUCCUGCAAAACAACUCCAGAACACAGGAGACGGAGACGACCACACUGUAUCUCCACCGCCUGAGAUCCUGGCGGCGUCGCUUCCUGACCCGCCGACGGGAGAGCCCACUUUGGCAGGUCAGCCAGAAAGCAAGAAACAGAAACUUAGUGCAUCUGAUGCAGGGACACAGACCACGCACAUCCCUGCAUUUUCUGAAGAGAAGAGUGAAGAUGAGUGGGAAGAAGUCCACAAAUCCGAGGCAGGUCGUAUGGACACUAUUGACGAUGACCCCGUCGAAGUUGACCGACCAUCUUCAGACACCGAUGUGCAGAGUGUACAGUCAAGCGGGAUUAUUGACGAUAUGUUUCACUCUCAAUCCACGGGUAGUCACUUGGGGAAAGACUAA